AUGCCUCCGACUCGUGCUGCUCCCAAAAGAGCGGCUACAUCAGCUGCCCCAGCUGCAUCAUCGUCUUCCACUGCUGCUCCAAAAACGAGAGCACCACGAGCAGGUCCUUCCAGCGGUGAUGUGAAACCACGAGUCGGUCCAUCAUCCUCGACUGCAAGAGGAAAAGCACCAGUGCGACCUUCCACUACUGUGCCCGCGUUGGAUAAAAAACCGGAGAUCAAUAAGGGAGAAGAGGAAUGGGCAGAACUGAUGAGACAAACCUAUGGUGGUCAAAAAGGUGCAGAUUGGUACGCCAAAGGCGUCAAGAGUGUCGAGGACAAAUGGGAACUACUACCUGCUUUUCUCAAAGUGAAAGGUCUGGUCAAACAACAUCUCGAUUCAUUCAAUUAUUUCGUCAACGUAGAUAUCAAAGCUAUUUUGGCGGCAAAUUCACAUGUCGUAUCCGAUAUAAACCCUUAUUAUUAUAUACGAUAUUUAGACAUUAGAGUUGGUAGACCUUCCAGAGUGGAUUCAAAUCAAGUCGCAAAUAUAUUAACACCUAUGGAAUGUAGAUUGACCGAUUCAACUUAUAUGGCACCCAUUCACGUUGAUAUAGAAUUUCAAGGUGAAGAUAAAAAAAUCAAACAGAGAAAUGUACAAAUUGGGAUGUUACCAGUAAUGUUAAGAUCUGAUUUAUGUCAUCUAAAUCGUAAGAAUGAACCUGAAUUAGCUAGAAUGGGUGAAUGUCCAAUGGAUCCAGGUGGUUAUUUCGUUGUUAAAGGUACUGAAAAAGUCAUUCUGGUCCAAGAACAAUUAAGUAAAAAUAGAAUCAUAGUUAUGAGAGAUCCCAAAAAGGAUGAAACUACCGCUGAAGUUACUUCAUCCACUCACGAUCGAGUCGUGAAAACGUACGUCACGACCAAGAACAAACGUCUAUACCUCCGACAUAACUCUUUCAAAGAAUUCAUUCCUAUAGUCAUCGCUCUCAAGGCUAUGGGUAUAACAUCAGACAAAGAGAUAUUGCAACUCAUAUGUGGAUCAGAUGAGAGGUAUCAAGAAGCAUUUGGAGUAUCACUUGAAGAAGCUGCGAGGGAGAAGACUUUUACUCAAAGACAAGCCUUGGAAUGGAUCGGUGCUAGGGUAUCUCCAAAUCAAGCGAAAGAUGAUGGAGGAUCUUACGGUCAAAAAUUAACUCCCGUCGAUAUCGCUCAGCAAGCUUUAGCAGCAAUGGUAUUAGGUCAUGUCCCCGUCAGAAAUAUGAACUUCAGACCAAAGUGUAUCUACCUAGCCACGAUGUCAAGAAGGGUCCUGAUGGCAAUGAUAGAUGAACAUAUGGUUGAUGACAGGGAUUAUGUUGGUAACAAGCGAUUAGAGCUUGCCGGUCAACUACUUUCACUUCUGUUUGAAGAUUCUUUCAAGACCUUCAAUUCCGAGUUGAAGAAGCGUAUGGACAAGAUUCUGGAGAAGAAAUCCAGAGCCGGACCCUUUGAUGCUGGAUCACUCAUUCGACAAGGCGGAGAUCCAAUCACAUCAGCUUUCGUACGAUCCAUAUCCACGGGAAAUUGGUCGUUGAAACGUUUCCACGUUGAGAGAGCAGGUGUCACACAUGUGUUGUCCCGUUUGAGUUUCAUCGCUGCUUUGGGUAUGAUGACUCGUAUAUCAUCGCAAUUCGAAAAGACUAGGAAAGUCUCGGGUCCUCGUGCUCUUCAACCCUCUCAAUGGGGUAUGUUGUGUCCUUCUGAUACACCCGAAGGAGAAGCAUGUGGUCUAGUGAAGAAUUUGGCAUUGAUGACUCAUAUCACAACGGAUGUACCAGAAGAACCAUUGCUCAAGAUGGCUUUCUUGUUGGGCGUAGAAGAUAUCUCGUUACUUACUGGAAACGAACUCUAUCGACCCGGUGUUCAUCUCGUUCAAGUAAACGGUACACUUAUCGGUGUAACUCAUCUCGCCAAACGCUUCGUUCGAACUUUCAGAAAGCUUCGUAGAGCAGGGCGAACUUCUGAAUUCGUAUCCAUCUAUAUCAAUCAUCAUCAACGCACUAUCUACAUCGCAAGUGACGGAGGACGUAUCUGUCGACCUAUGAUAAUUGUCGAAAAAGGUAGACCGAGAGUUACAUCUGAACAUAUGCGUUUGUUGAAAGAAGGAAAAGUGACAUUUGAUCAUUUCUUGAAAUCUGGAUUAGUAGAAUAUUUGGACGUAAAUGAAGAAAACGAUUCUUUCAUCGCUUGUUACGAAAGCGAAAUAGAAGAAGGUACAACUCAUUUAGAAAUUGAACCUUUCACAAUUCUAGGUGCCGUAGCUGGACUUAUCCCAUAUCCUCAUCACAAUCAAUCGCCACGUAAUACAUAUCAAUGUGCGAUGGGUAAACAAGCGAUUGGAGCAAUAGCCUAUAAUCAACUGAAUCGAAUCGAUACCUUGUUAUACUUGAUGACAUAUCCUCAACAACCAAUGGUAAAAACCAAAACGAUCGAACUGGUUGGAUAUAAUAAACUACCUGCUGGACAGAACGCAACAGUAGCAGUCAUGUCAUUUUCAGGAUAUGAUAUAGAAGAUGCUUUAAUCUUGAAUCGAGCAUCGGUUGAUCGUGGAUUUGGAAGAUGUCAUGUACUCAAGAAACAAACUAUACCGAUGAGAUCAUUCGCCAAUGGAUCACAUGAAAGAACAGCGUAUCCAGAUCCAUUACCUCGACCUGAUGCCUACGCGUUCAUAGAUAAAGCAGAUGGGAUGACAGCUCCUGGAGCUACCAUAAAUCAAUUUGAUGUGAUGAUUCAUCGUGAAACCCCUGCAGAUACUAGAGGCCCUUCAACAGAUGAAUAUAAACCAUCCCCUAUAACACAUAAACUACCCGAACCAAUCCAAAUUGAUAAAGUCAUGUUGACAGAAGGUGAAGAUGGUGCAUUAAUCAAAAUCUUGACAAGACAAACUAGAAGACCUGAAUUAGGUGAUAAAUUCUCAAGUAGACACGGUCAAAAAGGUGUUUGUGGCUUAAUCGUUCCGCAGGCAGAUAUGCCUUUUAACGAUCAAGGUAUCGUACCGGAUAUUAUCAUGAACCCACAUGGUUUCCCUUCUCGAAUGACUGUCGGUAAAAUGAUUGAGUUAUUAUCAGGUAAAGCGGGUGUCUUGGCGGGUAAAUUACAAUACGGAACAGCAUUUGGAGGUUCAAAAGUAGUUGACAUGUCACAAAUCUUGAUUGAAAAUGGAUUCUCUUAUGCUGGAAAAGACAUGUUAACAAGUGGUAUAACCGGUCAACCCAUGGAAGCUUAUGUCUACUUCGGUCCCAUCUAUUACCAGAAAUUGAAGCACAUGGUCAUGGACAAAAUGCAUGCUCGACCUACUGGACCAAGAGCAAACCUGACUAGACAACCUACAGAAGGUAGAUCCAAAGAUGGUGGUUUGAGAUUGGGUGAAAUGGAACGUGAUUGCUUGAUUGGAUACGGCGCAACUCAACUCUUACUUGAAAGACUUAUGAUUUCAUCCGACGCCUUCGAGACUCAAGUGUGUGAAACUUGUGGUAUGUUAGGAUAUAAUAAUUGGUGUCCUAAAUGUAAGAGUGGGAAAGGUGUAGUAGGGUUAACGAUACCCUAUGCUGCUAAAUUAUUGAUCCAAGAGUUGAUGGGCAUGAACAUCAUGCCUAAAUUAUGUCUGGAAGAUACGGUUUAA